AUGGUGGGAUAUCUAUCCGAUUUAACGAUAUCCAGUUCGGAUGAAGAUUCCAGUGAAGAUGAUAAUAAAGUCCGAGGGCAUUGGAAUAGUCGUCUGGAUUUCGUAUUAUCAUGUUUAGGCUAUAUUGUUGGCUUAGGAAAUGUCUGGAGAUUUCCAUAUUUAGUCUACAGAAAUGGUGGCGGAGCAUUUUUUAUACCUUAUUUGAUUAUGUUGAUAUUUUGUGGUAUACCAAUGGUUUAUAUGGAAUUAGCAUUUGGUCAAUAUGCCAGUCUGGGUCCUAUAACUAUCUGGAGAGCAGUUCCUCUUUUCAAAGGUGUUGGAUAUGGUAUGGUAUUAGUAUCUAUGGUUGUAGCUGUAUAUUAUAAUGUUGUCACUGCAUGGGCAGCGUAUUAUUUAUUUACAUCCAUGACAUCAGUGUUACCAUGGGAGUCAUGUAAUAAUUCUUGGAAUACAGAAAAUAAUAUAUUGUGUACCAGUAUAUUAAGGAACUGUAGUUUAUAUAAUGAUACAGAAGUUAUACCCUGUAUUAAAGAAUUACAAACUAUAUUUAGUGAUUCAGUGAUAAACCCCUUGUAUACACAUAAUAAAACAUCACCCAGUGAAGAAUAUUUCUAUCGUUCAGUAUUAAAUGUAUCAACAGGUCUACAAGAAUUAGGUGAAAUAAGAUGGCAGCUAGCUCUAUGUUUAUUAAUGUGUUGGACCAUUAUAUUUUUAUCUUUAUUAAAAGGAAUACAGAUCUCAGGAAAGAUAUCUUAUGCUGUAGUAUCCUUUCCCUAUAUUAUUAUAAUUAUAUUGUUAAUUCGUGGAAUGACUAUGGAUGGAAGUUUAGAUGGUAUCAAGUUUUAUGUGACACCAAAAUGGGAGUUGUUACAACAUCCUCGAGUGUGGGGUGAUGCUGCUACCCAAGUCUUCUUCUCGUUGUCUGUUUGCUGGGGCGGAUUGACUACACUAGCUAGUUAUAAUAAAUUUCAUAAUAAUAUAUAUAGAGAUACUAUAUUAGUAUGUUUAGGUGAUACGUUAAUGAGUGUUUUAGCAGGGUUUGCAGUAUUUGCUAGUAUUGGUGUGUUAGGUAAAGAACUGGGUACAUCAGUAGAUAAUGUUAUCCAAUCAGAUGUGGGUUUAACAUUUAUUGUGUAUCCAGCAGCUAUAGUGUCUUUCCCAGUAGCUCCAUUGUGGUCUAUAUUAUUUUUUCUGAUGAUUGUAAUGAUGGGACUGAGUACACUGUUCACCUCUGUAGAAACAAUAGUUACUGCCAUUGUAGAUGAGAAUAUAAAGAUCUUACACAAGAAAAGAGUUGUUAUAUUAUCUAUAGUUUGUUUGUCUGCCUUUUUACUUGGUCUUCCAUUAACCACACAGGGUGGUCUAUAUAUUUUGCAACUUAUGGAUGGUUUUGCUGGUGGGUUUCCUCCAAUGGUUAAUGCAGUAUUUAUGGGUGUAGCUAUUGGAUGGACGUAUGGUGUGAAACAGUUCUGUCGAGAUAUCUCUCAUAUGAUUGGUAUCACAGUCAGUUGGUGGUGGCGUACCAUGUGGUACGGAGUUAGUCCUAUUAUAACUUUGUUUAUACUGAUAUUCUCAGCAGUUGGUUAUAUUCCAUUACAUAGAGAGUUUGAUGAUAUUCGGUAUCCUCAGUGGGCUGAAAUUGUUGGUUUUCUCCUAGUGGCACUAUGUAUUGUACCAGUACCAGCAUGGAUUAUAAUAAGAUUAGCUACAAUCAAAGGAAGUCUAAUUCAGAAGUUUAAAAUGUUGUGUCAACCAGAAAGAGAUUGGGGACCAGCAUUAGAAAAACAUUGGAAAUAUGCAGAAUAUUAUCCUGCUGUUAAUGCCCAGAACUUUCCAGAAUUAGAUUCCUCACCCAUUACUACUAUUACAGGUACAUUUCUUGUUUCUAUACCUGUCACAAUUAGAAUUAUUUCUAAAUAG